AUGACGCCGUUAGUGCCGUUCACGCCCCGGACCCGAACCCAACCACGACUGACUUCUACCGACAGCAAGUGCACGACCAAGAAGUGGAAGUGCGACGAGGAGAUAGGCGACGGACCCGUCAAACGACAUCGGGACGGUAUGGCAAGACUUCACCUUGCCCACGCGACUGCCCAAGUACCAAACGCCCAUAGACCCAGUGACCAGGUUCUUUCUGAAAAUUACGUCCAACCACAGAUGGAGAAGAAGGCCCGCCGACGAAUGCACCAAACCUUAAUAGGCGCUGCAGCAAGAGCCGAUGUCACGUUCCUCAUCGUAACGAACCUGCGAUUUAGCUUGUUGGACGGUGCUCAACCAGACGUCGUACUGACCACUCGUUCCAAGGCCAGCUGA